AUGUGCAUAGACUAUCGGGAGCUCAACAAGCUAACCAUUAAGAAUCAUUACCCUUUACCUCGUAUUGACGAUUUAUUGGAUCAACUCCAAGGGGUGACAUGUUUCUCAAAGAUUGAUCUUCGAUCUGGAUUCCAUCAACUUAGAGUACGUGAAGAAGACAUCCCAAAGACCGCAUUCCGAACUCGUUAUGACCACUAUGAGUUCUUGGUCAUGCCCUUUGGUUUGACCAAUGCUCCAGCCGUCUUCAUGGACCUAAUGGAUAGGGAAGUCCAAUUCCUUGGUCAUGUUGUCAACGACAAGGGAAUUCAUGUCAACCCAGCAAAAAUCCAAGCAAUGCAAGAUUGGGAGGCUCCACGCACCCCCGCUGAAGUCAGGUCUUUUCUCGGUCUAGCAGGCUACUAUCGGCGUUUUAUUGCCAACUUAUCCCGAAUUGCUUUACCACUUACAGCCUUGACUCACAAGGGUAAACCGUUCGAUUGGGGGCCUAAACAGGAAGAGGAUUUCCAAAAUUUGAAGCAGAAACUUUGUGAUGCACCUAUCCUUACCCUCCCAGAUGGUUGUGAGGACUUUGUGGUUUAUUGUGACGCAUCAGGGCAAGGUUUAGGGUGUGUCUUAAUGCAACGAGGCAAGAGCGGAAACCAAGCUAGAAUCAAAUCCAACGGGAUCCUUCACUAUCUAAAUCGCAUUUGGGUACCUAACCGUGACAAUCUUCGCAUCUUUCUCAUGAACGAGGCCCACAAAACGGGAUAUUCAAUACACCUAGGAGUUGAUAAGAUGUAUCAGGAUCUCCGAUACUCUUAUUGGUGGCCUGGAAUGAUAAAGGAUAUUGCCGUUUUGGUUUCCAAGUGUCUCACAUGUUUGAAGGUUAAAGAAGAACAUCAAAGACCCUUAGGCUUACUCGUUCAACCUGAAAUCCCUAUCUGGAAGUCGAAAAAUAUAACCAUGGAUUUUUUUACUGGGUUACCAAGCACUUCUAGUGGGCACGUCAUGAUUUGGGUUAUUAUCGAUCGCCUUACCAAAUCUGCUCAUUUCGUUCCGAUUCGCGAAGAUUACAAGAAUGAGAAGUUGGCUCGUAUUUAUAUCGAUGAAAUUGUAUCGCCAUGGAAAGAAGUUAUUAGAUUUGGACAAAAAGGCAAGCUAGCAUCGCACUAUGUUUUCCCUUUCAAAAUUCUUGAAAGAAUUGGUCCUGUAGCUUACAAGCUUGAGUUACCCGAAGAACUCAGCAGAAUCCAUCCAACUUUCCAUGUCUCUAAUCUAAAUAAAUGCCUUGCUGAUGAGAAUCUCCAUAUACCAUUGGAAGAUAUACAGAUUGAUGAGUUGAUGCACUUCGUAGAAUGA